CACAAGCCAGUAAAAAUGAACGAGGCGCCAGUAGUGUCGUGCAUUCCGGCUGGCAAGAUGUCGAAGGCAAAGCGUCUGCUCGAUGAAGCUCGCGAUACGCAAAACCCCGAGCUCGAACUGGCCGAUAAAAAUUUGGCCAGUUUCGAAGAGCUUCCAGGCCUACUGAACAUGAUGAAUUUAACAAGAAUCACGCUAAGCCAUAACAAAAUCACAGCCGUGCCUCCUGGAUUAGCUAAUCUAAUCAACUUAGAAAUCUUGAAUUUGUUCAACAAUCACUUAACAGAACUACCGAUAUCAAUAUCGCAAAUGCCAAAACUGAGAAUUUUAAAUCUCGGAAUGAACAGACUGAACGUUCUACCGCGUGGCUUUGGCGCUUUUCCAGCACUGGAAGUUUUAGAUCUAACCUACAACAAUCUGAGCGAAAAAAAUUUGCCAGGCAACUUUUUCAUGAUAGAAACGCUAAGAGCUUUGUAUUUAGGCGAUAAUGAUUUCGAGUUCUUACCGCCAGAAAUAGGAAUGCUAAAGAAUUUACAAAUUCUCGUAUUAAGGGACAAUGAUUUGAUCGAGCUUCCAAAGGAAAUCGGCGAGCUUGUGCGACUCAGAGAACUUCACAUUCAAGGCAAUAGACUGACAGUUUUACCUCCAGAAAUUGGAAACUUAGAUUUAGUGAGCAACAAAGCAAUCUUCCGAAUGGAAUUUAAUCCAUGGGUAACACCAAUUGGCGAUCAAUUACAAGUUGGCAUUUCGCAUGUUAUGGAUUACAUUCGAUCGGAAACCUACAAAUAUGUUUAUAAUAGGCAUCAAUCUGCGAAAGGCCCAAUACCGCCAAUAGAAAACGAUAAAAGUAAAAAGUCGUCGCGAGCUCGCUGAUUGCAUUUAUUCGACGUAUGUAAAAUACCAAUGCUUAUGUUAUUUUACACUAACAGGAAUUUCGACGAUCACAAUUGAGAAUCAAUGUGGUGCCUUAUUAGUAUUUUUACGUAUAUUCAUUAUUUGUAUCUAAGUGAAGUAUAUAUAGCGCGAGUUAACGAAGCUUCGAGAUUUUUUUUAUACUUGAAACAAUGAAUAGAAUGUUUUUAUAAUUCCAUAUUAACUUACUUCUAAGCAUUUUAUUAAUUAUACUCCGUAUCUCACGAAAAUGUUUUAACUUAAUCGUAGGAGAGAGAUAAUUAGAUAG